CAGUCAUUUCGUCGUGCAGGUGUUAAACAUGCCACACAGUCUCCCGCGCGUCGCUCGAUGGUCUAAGCCCAGCUAACUUGGCGCGCCCCGUCAGAGCGCCAACCUCGCUUUUUCCGCCUCUCGUUUUCAUUUCCUCUUCCUAAUUUAAUUUACCGUCAUUCAUCCCGUUCUGUGCACCAAUUUUCCCCACAAUUCCUCUCUGAAUUAUCCACCUAAAAGUUGCCCCUCCGAAUCUUCCCUCUCAAAAGGAAGAUAUCGGCUUACGAUUCCUCAUUUUUGUCUAUUCGCCGUGCAAUGCCGAUAGUUGCGAGUUUCGCGGCGACAUUUUCCGGAUCCGCCGUUGGUUCAGCGGUGAGAAGCCCGAGCUUUCGAUUCGAUCGCCGGAUCAGCUGGCCUGCUAAUCCGACCAGUUUAAACCAUCCUUUCCAGAAUGCCGUGCGCUUGCCUCGAUCAGUUUAUGGUUGCUCCAGCAUUGCAAUUAAACAUUCAUCUAUUCGUGCAGCAUUGUUAGAUGAGACAGUUGCACAUCAAAAUAUUACAAAAAGGGCUUCUGAAAUUUUGGCCUUUGAUCUAGUUCAAGGAGCACUUGUAAAGUGGAGUAAUAUUAUGGAUAGACCAUCAUCUGAUCCACCAACAGCAGUCUUUCUGCAUGGAAUUCUAGGCAGCAGAAAGAACUGGGGAACCUUUGCUAGAAGAUUGGCAAAAGAAUUUCCAGAAUGGCAGUUUCUUCUGGUAGAUUUGCGAUGUCAUGGUGAUUCAACCUUAACUAGGAAGAUGAGCCCUCACACUGUUUCUGCUACUGCUCUUGAUGUAUUGAAGCUGGUUCGACAGCUGAAGAUAACACCUCGAGUUCUAGUUGGGCACAGCUUUGGAGGAAAAGUUGUCUUGAGUAUGGUAGAACAGGCUGCUAAACCUCUGGCUCGGCCAGUGAGAGUUUGGGUUCUGGAUGCCACACCUGGAAUAGUUAGACCUGGUGGAGAUGGAGAAGACCAUCCUGAAAAAUUAAUAUCUUUCCUAAGUACGCUGCCCAAGGAGGUGUCCUCGAAGCAGGAUGUGGUGAAUGCUCUUGUUCGACAUGGAUUUUCUAUGGAUGUAGCACAGUGGGUCGUUACUAACCUUCGACCUAUUGGGCCUCGUGGCUCACCAUCAUCUGGCUUUUCAUGGGUAUUUGAUCUCAAGGGCAUUGCUGAGAUGUAUCAGUCCUAUGAAGAAACAAAUUUAUGGAAAAUUGUGGAAGAUGUUCCUCGUGGUGUGCAUAUCAAUUUUUUGAAAGCUGAAAGAAGCUUGCAUCGAUGGGCACUUGAAGACAUUCGGAGAAUCCAUGCUGCAGAGGAACUGGCUGUUGAAGAGGGAGGUGGCGUUGAAAUGCACGUCCUCGAGGAUGCUGGUCACUGGGUGCAUGCCGAUAAUCCAGAUGGACUGUUUCGGAUCUUGUCAUCCUCUUUCAAAGGGAUUAGAACUUAAGGGGAGCAAAGCAAGGCUUUCUCGAUAUCGUAUAGAUUGCAUAUCUCAUUUCUCAAUUCAUUUCACCUUAGCUUGUUCAUGUUUUCAGUUCCUCCAACCUCCCAGCUCUUUCGUUUAGGCACAUAGGAACUUGCAUCAUCAUUAUUUUGUAUAUCUAUUAUAAAUGUUCUGUCUUGUGGUCUUGCAAGCCCAAACGUUAGCCUUACAUUACAUGUCUUCCGUUUGCAUCAAAACAAGUGGAUCUGUUCCUGAUUAACGAUAUUCCACAUUCCCUGGGGUUCUUUCUUCAUUUUUCUAUUGAGUUUAGUUAGCUAA